AUGACUCUGACUCUUUUGCUUUGUCCUUGCUCUGUUAACAACUCCCUGCUCUGCCUCUCUCCCAUGUCCAGGAUCGCCCGGCUGGUGCUGGUGCUCAGGGACUGGGCCAACAAGAGCCUGCACGAGGAGCAGAGGCCAGACCCCUUCCUGGAGCGUUUUCAAGGCCCUGAGCUCCUGGCAGUGGCUGCAGGUGCUGCCGGUGAACCUGAGGAUGAGGAGGCUGAGAAGUUACACAAAAAGGGGAAGUGGCUGCUCUUUGUGGUGGACCCUGCUGGGGACUGGUAUUACCGCUGGCUGGCUGUGAUUGCAGUUCCUGUCCUCUAUAACUGGAGCUUGCUCGUGGCCAGGGCUUGCUUCACCGACCUGCAGAAGACUUAUUUUGUGCUGUGGCUGGUGUUAGAUUACAUCUCAGAUGCUCUCUACCUCGGGGACACAGUGAUCCGCCUGCACACAGGAUUCCUGGAACAGGGCCUCCUGGUUAAGGACCCGAAGAAGUUACGGGACAACUACAUCCACACGCUGCAGUUCAAGCUGGAUGUUCUCUCCACCCUGCCCACAGACCUGGCCUAUUUUUCGGUGGGGCUGCACUGCCCUGAGCUGCGUUUCAACAGGCUGCUGCGCUUCCCCCGCAUGUUCGAGUUCUUCGACAGGACCGAGACCAGAACCAGCCACCCCAACAUCUUCCGCAUCAGCAACCUGGUUCUUUACAUCCUGGUCAUCAUCCACUGGAACGCCUGCAUUUAUUACGCCAUCUCCAAGGCCAUAGGCUUCGGGGAGGACAGCUGGGUCUACCCCAAUGUCACGGACCCUGAGUACGGCUAUCUGACCCGGGAGUACGUCUACUGCCUUUACUGGUCCACGCUGACCCUGACCACCAUCGGGGAGACGCCUCCCCCCGUGAGGGAUGAAGAGUACCUCUUCGUGAUCUUCGAUUUCCUCGUCGGCGUCCUCAUCUUCGCCACCAUCGUGGGCAACGUGGGGUCCAUGAUCUCCAACAUGAACGCCACCAGGGCGGAGUUCCAGGCCAAGAUCGACGCCAUCAAGCACUACAUGCAGUUCCGCAAGGUGAGCAAGGACUUGGAAACCAAAGUCAUCAAGUGGUUCGACUACCUGUGGACCAACAAGAAGGCGGUGGACGAGCGGGAGGUGCUCAAGAACCUGCCUGAUAAGUUAAGGGCAGAGAUCGCCAUCAACGUUCACCUGGAGACACUGAAGAAGGUGAGGAUUUUCCAGAACUGUGAGGCAGGGCUGCUGGUGGAGCUGGUGCUGAAGCUCCGCCCGCAGGUGUUCAGCCCGGGGGAUUUCGUGUGCCGGAAAGGGGACAUCGGGAAGGAGAUGUACAUCAUCAAGGAGGGCAAGCUGGCCGUGGUGGCGGAUGAUGGGGUGACGCAGUAUGCUUUGCUCACCGCAGGGGGCUGCUUCGGCGAGAUCAGCAUCCUCAACAUCAAAGGGAGCAAAAUGGGCAACAGGCGCACGGCCAACAUCCGCAGCCUGGGCUACUCUGAUCUCUUCUGCCUGUCAAAGGAAGAUCUCAUGGAAGCGAUCACGGAGUACCCUGAUGCCAAAAGGAUCUUGGAGGAGCGUGGCAGGGAGAUCCUAAUCAAGGAAGGGCUGCUGGAUGAGUCAGCUGCGGAGGAGAGCACGGAAGGGAAGAGCAUGGAGGAGAGGCUGGACAGGGUGGCCUCGAGCCUGGACACGCUGCACAGCCGCUUUGGCCGGCUCCUGACUGAGUACAACGAUGCCCAGAUGCAGCUCAAGCAGCGCAUCACUGCUCUGGAGUCCAAGAUGAGGCAGGAGGAGCCGGAGGAGUUCUUCUCUGACAGCUCAGACAGUCUGUUUGAGGAUGAGAAGGAAACUUCCCCUGGUGGGGUGCAGUGA